CUUUGUGUUUACAGCCUUGUAGAGCGCUGCAUAUCUGACAUUUCUCUCUCCAACUCCAACCAGCUCUGUGCUCAUCUGAAAGCAGAGAGAAGAUAUCUGCUUUUGUUGUUACCAGGACUGAACCACAUCAGGCCAGGCUGCAUUAAAACACCUGACCUGAGCUCAUCUCCAGACAACCAGCAGCAGUUUGAUUUCCCGAUUUCCCCUCUUCAAACCAGCCGGACCAGCUCAGUCCAGCUCCACUCCGUCCAAACAGGCCGUGCAGCCUGGAAGAACUCUUAACUCUUACCAUCCCAUCAGAUCAAAAUCUAACCACUCCGCUGUCUCCAUGGAGCGCGUUCAGCACAUGACCAAGUCGGCCAUCCGCCGAGCGUCUCAAAUCGAGGUGAAUCCGCAAGCCAAGAGGAACCUGCAGGAGCUGUUUGUCAACUUCACCCUCAUCCUCAUAUGCCUGCUGCUCAUUUACAUCAUCGUCCUGCUGAGCAGCUGAGAACAGCAGACCCCUAUACAGAGAGUCUGGCUGGGCUCGGCUGUGGACAAGGGUUCGGCUGAGAUAUGGGCUUUACUGCUGCACACAGAUCAGAUUACUAAUAAAGCAAUAAUAGCAUCCCCAUAUAUCAUCCUAACCCCAUUUGAAAGCAGCUAUGAUGAAGGAUCAUGGAGGUGGAAUGAGUCCAUGUGGAAACAAUAACAGCCAAACUCUUUCAAAUAGUUUCUAUGGGAGCUGAUCAGGGAUCAGCUUCCCUGUCUCUCUUUCUCAAAGGGAAUGAUCAAAUGUGACCCGACUUCAACAGUUUAAACUUCACUGAUAUGCUGUAUGUAUGUAUAUGUGCCUGCUGCUCAUUCACAGUGAACACCCUGCUUGCAUUACAGUGUGUUGAUGUAAACUGCCUCCAUCCUUACAGACUGUAAGACAAUGUCUCCUGCUUAAAUAAUAAUAGCUGCAACGUGCAUAAUACUAAAAUACCAAUACAUGACAUUACAUUGUUUAACUUCCAUUUCCCAUGAGCCCUUUUGCUUCCUGCUGCCCCCCCCCCCCCCCCCCCCCCAAACACCAGGAGAAAGAUAAACAUGCUGGAAAUAAUGUUUUCCAUUAAGUAUUUUUACUUCCUCCUUGGUCUGCCACUGCCACAUACCACACACAGUAGGAACACAUGGAUGUGACGUCUGUAACAUCAGAACCAGGGCCUAAAGAUCCACAUUGGUGAAAAAGAAACCGGAACAGGGAGGCAGCAAACAACAUGGCUUAGUGUGAUAGGCUGAGGUGCCUGUCACUAAAAGUAAACAUGCCCCAAAACAUAGCUUCUCCACCUAACUAUAAUAAUAAUAAUCCUUAUUUGUAGAGCACUUUUCAAAAACAAGUUACAAAGUGCUUUAACAAGUGUAAAGAAUAAUACAAAAAAACAACAUAAGAGCAUGAAAAAUUAAUAUA